AUGUAUUCAGAUUCCAGUUUUACAAAGAAUGGAUUUCGUCUCCAAUUUGUGAGGUAUUUUUCAAAUACAACACCGACACCGACAGAUACAGUUUGCGAUGACGGUUUGGGUCCAUGGUAUAAUGAAAAAACAAGUGAUGAUUUUGAUUGGUCAAUUGGCAGGGGCAGUACGUCAAGCUCCAACACUGGUCCAAGCAAAGACUCAAAAGGAUCAUUUAUUAUUGGAAAGUAUUUUUUCAUUGAAACAUCCUCUCCUCGAAAGCAAGGAGACAAAGCAUGGUUGGUCAGUCAAAGUUUUUACUACUCAAGAAAAUGUCUCACAUUUUACUAUCAUAUGUAUGGCAACCAUAUUGGAUCCUUGAAUGUGUACAGAAAAAUCUACGGAAGUAAAUAUAAAGUCUGGAGCAAAAGCGGUAAUCACGGCAAUAUGUGGUUUAAAGCACAAGUAAACGUGAAUAGCUUAAUAUAUAGCUAUAAGAUCAUUAUUGAAGGAGUCAGAGGUUCUGAUUUUAAAGGAGAUAUCGCUGUGGAUGAUAUUGAACUUAAAGAUGGAUAUUGUAAUGUUCAGUCGACGACUCCCUUGUACAGUCUUACAACAGUACCAACAUGGCAACGAACACAUGCUCGAGGAUGUACUUUUCAAAAUGGACUGGGAACAACAAAUUGUCCAUGGAGGAAUAUUAACUAUGACGGAUAUACUUAUGAUGAUUUUGACUGGACUGUAGGCUCGGGUUCGACUAAUUCCUACUACACAGGACCUGCGUUUGAUAAAUAUAACUCUGCAUUUGGGAAAUACGCGUACAUGGAUGCUUCCUCACAAAGAAGAGGGGACAAGGCCUGGCUAGUCAGUGAUUAUUUCAACAGUUCCACCACUUGUUUUCGAUUUUCAUAUUAUAAUUACGACACAUCAGGUGGUUUGUUGAAAGUUUAUCAGCAGAUUCUGGGAAAUACAAAAAGAUUGAAAUGGACGGCAACCCCAAAAAGUAGAGCGUUUAAAUGGUUUGACGUUAAUAUAACUCUGCCAAAUACUGGAUUUAACUCAGCAUACAGGAUAAUUGUUGAAGGCAUCAAAGGAUCGGGUUAUUACGUAAACAUUGCUGUUGAUGAAUUUACAUUUACAAGUGGAGCAUGCACAAUCUUAACAUCUUGCGAUGACGGUUUUGGAACAUCAUCUUGUCCAUGGCAUAAUGAAAAAACAAGUGAUGAUUUUGAUUGGUUAAUUGGCAGUGGCAAUACGUCAAGCCCCAAUACUGGUCCAAGCAAAGACUCAAAAGGAUCAAGUUCGGCCAAGAGGGACAUAUUAUCUGUUAAAAUAAAAUGA